AUGAGGAGUGUGCUGCUCCCCAGCCUGGCUCUUUGGGUGGGGUGCUGCUCUUGGGGGGCCCUGGCCAAGCAGGGGCUGCCCCUGAGAAGGCCCACGGCCCCACCGACUGCCACAGGCUUGCCUACCUUGCAGCUGCCGCCCAGGUCCUCCAACCACAGGACCUCCUACCAACCUGGGCUGGGGGCCAAGCGCCAGCAGAAGGAGCGCAGCGGAGGCUGUGGGCGGGAACGGCUGGGAAGCAGGCGCGGGCACGGGCCUGGGCUUGCAGGCCUGGGCACUGUGGAGCAGGCCAUGCCCUCCCUGCCGGCCUCCUGCCUCCUGGCCCAGGCAGCCAUUGCCUGUGGCAAUGUCAAGAUGAAGCACGUUCCUGCCCUGACUGACCCUGGCCUGACCACGCUACACCUGCCAGAGAACGAAAUCGCCACGAUCUCGGCCCACACUUUCCUGGGGCUGCCCAACCUGGAAUGGCUGGACCUGAGCAAGAACAAACUGGACAGCCGAGGCCUGCACCCUCAUGCCUUCAAGAAUCUGACCAGGCUGAAGAGGUUGAACCUGGAUGGAAACUCACUGUCCACAGUGCCAGCCUUGCCCGCCUCUCUGCAGGAGCUCAAACUCAAUGACAACCUCCUGCAAGGCCUGCAGCGAAGCAGUUUCCGGGGGCUCAGCCAGCUGCUGACGCUGGAGGUGGAAGGGAACCAGCUGCAUGACGGGAAUGUCUCCCCCCUGGCCUUCCAGCCUUUCCAAAGGCUGCUCUACCUGAGGCUGGACCGGAACCAGCUGCGGGCCAUCCCUCCUGGCCUGCCAGCCUCCCUGCAGGAGCUGCACCUGGGCACCAACCUCAUUGAGGAGGUGACCGAGCACACACUGAGUGGCUGCCACAGCCUCAGCGUGCUGGUCCUCAGCAACAACCAGCUCCAGGAGGACCGCCUGGCACCCCGGGCUUGGAUCGACCUGCCGAAGCUGGAGACCCUCGACCUGUCCCACAACCGGCUGGUGCACGUGCCCUCCUUCCUGCCUCGGGGCCUGCAGCGCCUGAUGCUGCAUCACAACCUCAUUGAGCGCAUCCCUGGCUACGUGUUUGCACACAUGAAGCCCGGCCUAGAGUUCCUGCACCUGUCCCACAACAAGCUCCGCGCCGACGGCAUCCAUGCUGUGUCCUUCUGGGGCCUGCGCACCUCUCUGGCCGAGCUGCUGCUGGACCACAACCAGCUGCAGGCUAUCCCACGUGGCCUCCUGGGCCUCAAGGGCCUGCAGGUGCUGCACCUGAGCUACAACAAGAUCAGACACGUGCCCCUGAAUUCCAUCUGUGACACGCGCGUGGCCCAGGACUCCAACCUCAUCUCCACACGCCUGGAGAACAACCUCAUUGACCGGCGCCGCAUCCCACCCACAGCCUUCUCCUGCAUCCGGGCCUACCACAGUGUGGUCCUCCAGCCCCAGCAAGGGGAGGAGGGCUCAUAGCCCCUGCCCGCCUUCCCCAGGUGGAGCACCACUUGAUCUUUCCACCACAGGGAGGAAGAUUUAGCAGACUCUCUUGCAUGGAUAUGCCCACCUCUCUUUGACCAAUGGAGGCACCUUUUGGCCUAGUGGAGGGCAGGGGUG